CAUAAAAAAAGCAGGCAUGAAAUUGAGCAAAAAAGGAAAGGGCAAAGCAAGAGAUGGGGGGAGGAGGAGGAGGCUUACGAGAAGCCGAUGGAGACGACGAGGGGAGUGGUAAGGAGGAGGCGCUCGCAUCAAGUAGGCUACUUGACCCGGGAUUCAAGCCCUCAAAGCUUUCCCAGGACCGGCUCGACAAAUUUAAGGAAUUGCACAAGAAACGGUUACAAAUAAAGGAAAAGCAAAAAUACAAAGGAAAAUCUAGAGGAAGCACUGAGAGGAAUACCAAAGUAGCCAAUGACUUUAAACUCACUAACAAGGAUACAUCGGUUGAUAAUACCACAGUAGAUGUACAACAUACUGCAUCAACUACAGAAAUCCAAGUGGAUCUUGCACCAUCGCUGCCUUUAAGGAACAAAAGGAAGUUACAUUGGGGGCUUGAUGUUAAGGAACGGUGGGAGAGAAAAGCGAACAUGUGAGUUUCCGAAGAUCAGUUUUGUUCUCACAGAAAGAAAUUUCCCAACAAGUGGGCAACAGCUAGGGAAUGUAUCAAAUAUGUAUGUCUUUCAAAGUGUGACCGUGUAAAGACAACUUCAUGAAUAUGAUAUUUUGCUGCUGCUUGCCUGUAGUGAUUAUUUAGGUUAGUACAAUUGCAUAGUGAUUUGUCAGUUUUGUGGCAGUUUGGGUGCUUUCUGUCAGUUUGCGGCAUAGUAGUAUUCCCUUCAUUUCAAAAUAAGUGACGUGGAUUUGUAUAAAUUUUGGGACGGAGGGAGUAGUACAAUCUAAGCCCUUGUGCGCCACUGCUUGA